AUGGCACGGCUAAGGGCCGAGGUCGCGGCCUUCCGAGAGGGGAAGGACAACGCUUUUUUCGUCCGGGUGUUGCGGGAAUGGCAAGGGGAUGCCCACGGGCGGGCGCUUGUCAGGCUAAGCAUCGUUGGCAUGGCGCGCAAGAGAGACGAGCGGGUGUGUAUCGAAGUAACGAUGAGAGGGGUGACAGCGAACAACUGGUACCACGUUUCCCAACAGGUGCGGAAAGAGGCGAUUUCAGCAUGGAGGGAAACCGCCGCCGGUAUCGCACAAAACCGUCGGAGAAAAGAACAGACGGAGGAAAAACGUGCCGCCGAGCGUUCGCGUGUAGCCACCUUAAUACAGGCGGUGUGGCGCUCACAUAGCACCAGGAAGGUUUUGUGGACGCAGUCAGGUCGGGGUAGGUAUCUGUCGUUCUUCGUGAGCGAGGCAGGUCGAGCAGCCUCAACAGGUCGUUACGAGCGGCUCUUUUGGCUUGCGGAUAGAUGGCCUGCACUCACUCAGCAUGAGGUUUUCGCUGCAACGCUGGAGGGAGGGGGUGGUGGCGAAGGAUUGCUGCACCUUGCUUGCCGAGCGACCGCCCACCGCUGUGUUGAGUUGUGCCUACAGCGGGAGGCGGAUGUUCAUGGGGUCACCCCUGCUGGGCUGACACCCCUCCACUACCUGGCACUGUACCGAGCUCCUUCGCGAGGCGAUAGAGCUAACUACGGUUACGGAGGAAGUCUCACGGCUAUGGAUGAUCAUGACCGUAAUGCUGAAAAUUAUUAUGGUGGAGGCCCACAUCGUCGAUCCCAGACGUCUACAGCGGUUGUGGCCGUUCCCCCGACAACAUCACCAGGACCAUCAUCCCCGAACUCAGCAAUUUCAGCACCAACGGGGCAACGGGGGUCAGGCGUAACAUUGCCCAAUGACCGCUCGGUUGUCGCACGUCAGCAACAGCAGCGACAGCUGGAACGCCAGUACCAGCAGCAGCAACGGAAGCUUUCGGCGGACCGGUCGGCAAGGACAAUCGCUGACAUGCUGCUCGACGCUGGGGCUGACCCAGACGCCGUUGAUGGCGAUGGAAACACGCCCCUUCUCACCGCUGCCAAGACGGGAGCAGCCGUGCUGUGCGAGAUCCUUCUUGCCCGUGGAGCAAAUCCUUGCGCCAGGAACAACUCGGGAUCGAACGCCCUGCUUUUGGCGGUGGAUGGAGACAAUUCUGCUGAGAAUUCCGCAUGCGUACAGGUUCUUCUAGAUGCAGGUUCGGAUCCUCACGAGACCGGACCGGAUGGAACUGUUGCCCUGCACGUGUCGGCUCGAAAGGGACAGACAGAGCUGGACUUGACGGAUGCCGCCGGUCGGACAGCCCUCCACGUGGCCUCCCAAGACGGGAAGGUCAACGCCUUGGGCGAGCUUCUCGGGAGGUCGGUCAACGUCGAUGCCAAGGAUGCCAUGGGAGAGACUGCUCUUCACUACGCCGCCUACUCGGGGAAGGUGCUACAGUACAACGAGCGAAACGCACAGCACUGGUAUCUAUGGUAG